AUGGCUUUCAGAAACAUGAACAGUAAGAGACAUAUUGGACUACAGCAACUUUCCGCUUUGGCAUCCACUGGAAGGACCCUUUUAGGACCAGUGAAAUCAUCCAAAUUUAUAGUUGAUGAAAGUACUCCAGAUGGUAUGUUGAUCUGUUCUGCAGUGAGACUUCUAGAAAACUUGGAUUUAAAUUGUGCAGUUGGUCAACUUCUUAAUGACACCAUCCAGGCACAGGACCAAGAAUAUAAAACUGGGACCACUACCUUGUUAUUUCUAGUUAGUGCAUGGAGCAAUGCUGUCCUUGAAUGUCUUCAGCAGGAUGUUCCUCUUUCAGUAAUAGUUUCUCUGAUGUCUGAAAGUCUGAAUUCUUGUAUUGAAUAUGUGCAAGGCAUUGCAUUAUCACUGCACAGUAUACAGCAAAGACUAGAUGAUAUUCCUAGAGAAUGUGAAGACAAGGUGUCAGCAAUUAUUAACACCAAUUGUAGCACAUCUGGAAAGCAGAUUGUGGAAACUAAAACUCCAGGUCUCAAAUCAAAUAGCAGUAUUUUAACUCCAUUUGGACAUUUGUAUGAAUGUGAGGAAAAAUCAGAAGAUCUUAUCAUUCAGCAAGCAAAGACAUGCAAUUUUGGGGGAAAGUGUGGGUAUCAAGGGAUAUUUGAUACUGGCAUCACAGCAUGUUCAUCAGCUAAAUCAGUUGAUACCAGUCGUGUUUCCACAGCAUACAAAACUGUAAUAGAUAAAAGACACAGUUUACAAAAUUGUCAUUUGGAUGUAUUAAACUGUAACCAAAGAUUAAAAGUAACCCACAGUAGGUACUUCAGUAGUGUAAAGAAAAAACCUUCACCACAGCAACCAGAUCAAGUAGGUGAAUCCACAAAACAUUUUGAUGGGAUCAAUGAUUUGGGACAACUGACAAUGUCACUUAGCCAUGGAAACUGGCCUGCCAUGAAACUGGUCCAGGAUAUUCUCAGAUACCAGCUGCACAAUGUCAACAAAAUGGCUGACACUUGUCCUUUGCAGUUUAAUGUUUCAGAGGUUGUGACUUGUUGUUUACCAGGUGUGUCUGAAGCCCAUUCUUGUGCUUAUCCAGGUUAUAUAACUUUAGUAUGCCCAGAGAAAGCUGCCAUUACUAAGAUAUAUCAGGAUAGGCCUCUUCGUGUUAUUCUUGUAGAUGGGAACCUAACCAAAACCUAUCACCAUUUGGGCUUUAACAGGUCACAGAAUGUGAGAAUCCUUUUUGAAAGUGCAUCUGAUCUAGAGACUGGCUUAAACCUGUGGAUUGAUUCUAUGCUGGAUAUUCUGAUUCAGUCUGGCAUAAAUUUAGUUUUGGUACAAGGUGAGACAUGUGAAAUUUUAGAAGAACGCUGUCUGUCAAAUAACAUAGUGGUAAUUAAUCGAGUAGCUCACAAUGUUUUGAGGGCUUUUAGUGUUACCACAGGAGCAGAACGGGUGACUUACCUCACCCAAGUGAAUGAGCAUUGUGUUGGCAAGGGCGUCUGUAUGAAACUCUGUGGAACUCCAGAGUUAAGUGGGGUGGGUUUGAAUGAUCAAAUGCUGGUUUCUUUAACAGCAAAGGGAAUUACCUUGACGACAGUUGUGCUUGGUUGCCCUCUUAUGUCAAAGAUGCAAGCCAUUGAAGAUAACUUUUGGACAUGUGCUUACCGUGUGCAUCAUGCCCUUCUUGAUCAAGCAGUCUUUCCAGGAGGUGGCGUUCUUGAAUUCUUAUGUCUCAGUUAUCUUGGGACCUUAGAGAAAACAGCCGAAACAUGUAAGGAAGAAUUUAAUACUGGUUCCUCUUGGCUUUCAAAAUCUUCAGAACAGUACCAACCCCUGGUGCUCAGUGCUUUGGCAUGUGGUUGGCACCAGUACCUUUGUACGAUCAUGUGUAACAUGGCACACUGCACAACACAAUUUGAAGCUAGCACCUUCAUACAACAGCACCUCCAAGAAGCAGCAGUAUGUGAUUCCCCAACAGCCUACAUACUAGAUGAAUUUAACAAGGGCAGGAUGGGAGUAGCAAGCACUGAAUACAUUGGGGUAUAUGGAAAGGCUCUAAAAGUGUAUGAUAAUGUUGGAGCUAAAACAGAAGCAUGGCGUAGAGCUUUAGACUUGGUGUUGCUAGUGCUUCAAACAGAUGCCGAAAUUAUCACAGGUCCUAAGCGGGAUCAAUUGCUGAAGUCACAACUCUCAAGUGAGUUCUUGUUUUUGUAG